UGUGACCACGUUUCGGCUUCGCCUCUGAGCUGCCAUGGACUUCGCUAAGAAAAUAUUGGGCAAAUAUGGCUGGAAAGAAGGAGAUGGGCUGGGUAGGAAUAACGACGGCAUAACAGUGCCUUUGAAAGCCAAUCUAAAAUUCGACAAUGCCGGUUUGGGCGUUGACCAUUCAAAAGAAUUCAACGACCACUGGUGGGUACGUUGUUUUAAAGAAGCAGCUGAAAAUGUUGAUGUGCGGGUGCAAAAAGAUGGCCAGGUGAGCACAGCACGUAAACAAGGCGAAGAAGCUGUCGAGAUUUCAACACAAAGUUACUCCAUUAAAAAAAUGAAAAAAGCCACAGAACAGAGAGCAAGAGCAGGCGAAGGCGGUACAUAUUACCAAAAUUUCUUGCAAUCGGCGACACUGACUAAAAGCAACUGUGAGGUGAAAAGCAAGGAUUACGUCAAGAUGGAGGACAUAGCAGUAGCUUCUGUGAACGUGCUCAGUGAUGAGGAACUCUUUCGUGCCUGUGGCGGUCGCACAGCACAUAAAGGUGCUCGACAUGGAAUAAAACAAAGAGGAAAAUUAGCUAGACUGGAGCAACAGGAGCAGGAAAUGUUGGAAAAACUUCAGAAAAGUAAAGGCAUGGUCGAAAGUGUCGACAUUAAUAAAACUAAAAAGAAAACCAGACAAUUGGACGAAAGUAAAGAAACGGUGGCAAUGAAGCAACAGGAACGGGAAAAGUUGGAGGAACUUCAGAAAAGUGAAGACAUAGUCGAAAGUGUCGUCGUUUACAAAACUAAAAAGAAUAGAAAUAAAAGCAGGCGGUUGGGUGAGAAUGAAGCAGAGGAGGUCGACUCGGCAGUGAGGUCGACAAAAAAGAAAAAAAAGAAAGUCUAGCGAGUAGUAGACCUGCGUUAAUUUUAAUGUACAUAUUUAUAGUUAAAGAAUAAAUUUACACAUGGAUUGUAAACUUCAUUUAAAA